AUGAUGGCUUCAGAUCAGACUUUAAAAGAGUUUAUGUCACUUGCAAAUAGUGACCUUUCAACAGCUCAAAAAUAUUUGAAACGAAACAAAUGGCGACUGGAAUAUGCUUUAAACGAUUUCUACGAUAAUGAAAUUGGGAGUUUUCUUAUUCAAGAUUUGGCAAGAGAUAAUAAGAUUUUAGGAAUCGAAUAUGUACGACCCCUCACCGAACUUUAUAACCAUUAUGCAAUUGAUUCUGGAGUUCUGGGCACUGAAGGUUUAGUAAAAUUAGUAGACGAUCUUGGGUACACAGUAGAUCAUCUCGUAACAUUAUGUUUGGCCAAAUUAGUGGGCUGUAUUCAUUUCACUACACCAAUUCUACUAUCCAAUUUUAUAGAUAGCUUAAAGGCCAACAAAUGUAGAAGCUUAGAAGAUAUUAAGAACCUAUUGAAUGAAUUUGACAAUAAAUUAAAAACAAAUGGAGAGUAUUAUACAUUUAUAUAUGAUUCCUGCUUCAAUUUAUUACUGGAAGAAGGUAAGAAAACAAUAGAUUCAGAGACUGCCCAGGAAUAUUGGGAUUUAUUCUUUGCAUGUCAAAACUACCCAAUUAAAGUCCAGUCAGAUCAAUAUCAACAAUGGUUCAAGUAUCUCAGCAAUGCUAAUAUUAAAGAAAUCACAAAGGACCAAUGGGCCAUGCUUCUACGGUUUUUCAAGAAAUUCCCCUCCCUGUCAGAACUCCAGAGGAAAUACUCUGAAGAUAGUGCGUGGCCCUAUAUUUUUGAUGAAUAUUAUGAGUAUUUAGAAGAUAACAACAAGAUAUAA